AUGGCAGUCGAACUCCGAACUCGAAUCGAGAAAGAAAUUCUGACUUUUUGCAGCGAGAUACUGGGUCUCUUGGAUAAACACUUAAUCCCAUCGUGUACGGAUCCGGACGCUGAUGUCGAAAAUAAAGUCUUCUAUAUGAAAAUGCGUGGAGAUUAUUACAGAUAUUUAGCGGAGAUUCGAGUCGGCGAGGAGAGGUCGAAGGUCGCGAUGGAGUCUAAAAAUGCUUAUGACACUGCUCUAAAUGCGGCGCAACAACUUCCCGCAACGAAUUAUAUCCGCCUCGGCUUGGCCUUGAACUUUUCCACCUAUUGGUAUGAUAUCGCCGGUUCAAGACACGAGGCUUGCAAAAUGGCGCGAAGGGCUUUUGAUGAUGCUAUUCCCGAAUUGACAAGGUUAGAUGAAGUGAUCUCUUACAAAGAAACUGCCUUGAUUUUGCAACUUCUGCGCGAUAAUUUGACCUUGUGGAUGAAUGAAGAGGAGGAGGAACAGGAGAGACGGAGUAAAGGUGAAAAUCAAGGUGAAGGUCAUGAUGAAAAUGUGGGUCAAGGUCAUGGAGAAAAUGUGGGUCAAAGUCAGAGAGGAUACUACCGAUAG